AUGAGUUGCAAUGGGAUGGCGCCGUCCUUCUUCGGGGCGGGGUUUCUUCUGCAGAUGCAGACGCCCCAAGGGGAGGAGCCGCCACCGCCGCCGUCCCUCUCCCCGCUCUUCGCCGGCGAUCCCGCCGCCGCCCAGGACUUCCACGGUGAGCAACUCCCCACCCACAAUUCUCCGCCCAUUUCUGCUCAAAUCGCUGCCAUUUUCUCCGGCGGAGUUAUCAGAUAUGCCUGGUCGGAUGUAGGGGUGGCGACGAUGCUGGGGAAGAGGUCGAUGUCCUUCUCUGGCGUGGAGGAGGGGAGCGGGGAGGGGGAUCUCUCCGACGACUGCUCUCAGGGGACGGAGAGGAAGCGGCGGUUGAACGUGGAGCAGGUGAAGACGCUGGAGAAGAACUUCGAGAUGGGGAACAAGCUGGAACCGGAGAGGAAAAUGCAGCUGGCUAGGGCGCUGGGGCUGCAGCCCCGGCAGAUCGCCAUCUGGUUCCAGAACAGGAGGGCGAGGUGGAAGACGAAGCAGCUCGAGAAGGACUUCGACGUCCUAAAGCGCCAGUUCGAGGCCGUCAAGGCCGAGAACGACGCCCUCCAUUCCCACAACAAGAAGCUGCAGACUGAGGUACCUCUCUCUCUCUCUCCCUCGUCUCUCUCCUCCAUUCCCAUCACGGAAGCUCCAAUCCUCAGAGGUUUCCCACCGUGCUUCUAUUCUCUGCCCUCUUCAUCUCUCCUCCAUUCUCGCAACUCGAGGUAAAGGGAAUCAGAUCCCGGUUUCCUAUCUAUCCUCUCUCUCUAUUUCUCUCACCUCUUCCUCCCUCCAUUCGCUCAAGAAGAGGCUCCAGGCUGAGGUAAUUACCUCCCGGUUUCCUCCAUCGUAUCCCUCUCUCUCUCUCUCUCUCUCUUUCUUUUUUUCUCACAACCCCCACCGACCCCGCCCCCUACCUUCUGGAUCUGUGACGAUCGUUUCUGGGUUUGCACGGGCUGUCGUUGGAUCUCCCGCUCUUGAGUCUUUUGAGGAGGAUCUUCAGCAACCUCCCUCCCCCAGAGUGAGUGUACUUGCUGCUAGUAGUUCAUGAUUGAACAAUUAUGGCUCCAUUAAAAGACCUCCCAUCGUUUCUCAUUCUAACUCCGCCGCGUGAGCAUCGCAAAAGGCUUCUACAAUUUAAGAACUCGAAACCCUCCAUUCUCUCUCAUCUCUCCCCACGUCCCGGAAGAUUAUCCCUUGGUUUCCCCAUUGUAUCGCCUCUCUCUCUCUCUCUCUCUCUCUCUCUCUCUCGCUCUCCCACUCGCUCGCCCUUCCCUAGAAUAAAUUCCCUGUGUUUUCCUUAUCGUAUCGCCAAUCUUUCUAUCUCUCUCUCUCUCUUAGGUACUGCCGUUGUUAUGAUGCAGAUCAUGGCGCUCAAAUGCAGGGAAGGGACGGAGCCCAUCAACCUGAACAAGGAGACGGAGGGAUCCUGCAGCAACAGGAGCGAGAACAGCUCCGACAACAACCUGGACAUGGCGAGAACGCCGCCGCCGCCGCCGCCGCCGCCGCCGGCGACGGACAGCCCCGCGAACGCCCACCAGGACAGGCCCUUCUUCCAGCCCCUCCGGCUUGCCGCCGGCAUGGCUCAGCUCCUCCACAAUCCCCCCAGGUCGGAGCCGGGCCCACAGGAGGAGAGCUUCUGCAGCAUGCUUUGCGGCUUAGACGACCAGUCCGGCGGCAGCUUCUGGGCCUGGUCCGAUCACCAAAGCUUCCAUUGA